GCGCCUAUCGAAACCCAAUCCUGAAUUCGAUUAUUUUAAGACUUUGUUUUCUUUAACCUAGAGAGAGAAUGAAAGUGAUAUUUACUCAACCAGAAAGAGAAGAUCAUCAUUAAGAUUCUGAUUGGAUUUGAUUUUGAUGAUAAUCUAGACAUGUAAAAGAGUUUUGAAUGUUUUGGAGAGAGAAGAUGGUGUCUCGAUUCAUGAUCUUGAAUUGUGGAAUGCUAUUAAAGAUCAGAGAUUUUUGUGAUUAGGGUUUUGUUUGUCUUUGAAUGAUUUGGGGUCAAAAUGGGGGUGGAUUAUUACAACGUAUUGAAGGUAGGAAAGAAUGCAACGGAUGAAGAUCUCAAGAAGUCAUACAGAAGGUUGGCUAUGAAAUGGCAUCCUGAUAAGAAUCCCAAUAACAAGAAGGAGGCUGAAGCCAAGUUUAAGCAAAUCUCUGAGGCUUAUGAGGUUUUGAGCGAUCCACAGAAAAAGGUGGUUUAUGAUCAGCAUGGUGAAGAAGGGUUGAAAGACAUGCCACCUCCUGGCAGUGGUGGUGGAUUCCCCUUUGGGAGUGGGGAUGCAAAUGGGUUUUUUCCUCGGAAUGCUGAGGACAUUUUUGCUGAAUUCUUUGGGAGUAAUCCUUUCGGAUUUGCAUCAGCAGCACAUGGAAGGUCCAUGAGAUUCCAGUCAGAAGGAGGAGGCACUUUUGGGGGAUUUGGUGGUGGUGAAAGUGCUUUCCGUUCGUAUACUGAGGGCACCGGUGGUAGUGUCAGGCUUAGGAAACCGCCACCAGUGGAGAACAAAUUGCCAUGCACCCUUGCAGAGCUGUACACAGGAUCAACAAGGAAAAUGAAGAUAUCCAGGACUGUUGUUGAUGCUAAUGGUCGGUUAGUGCCAGAAACAGAAAUAUUGAUCAUUGAAGUGAAGCCCGGGUGGAAGAAAGGAACAAAAGUCACUUUUCAAGAUAAAGGGAAUGAACAGCUGAACCAGCUAGCAGCAGACCUUGUAUUUGUGAUUGAUGAAAAGCCUGAUAAUGUUUUCAAGAGAGACGGCAACGACCUAGUCAUGAACUAUAAGGUAUCACUAGCAGAGGCACUUGCAGGGACUGCAAUAACCCUCACUACACUGGAUGGCCGUAAUCUAACAAUCCCAGUUACAGAUAUUGUGUCUCCUGGUUAUGAACUUGUUGUUGCUAAGGAGGGAAUGCCAAUUGUGAAGGAACCAGGUAACAGGGGUGAUCUGAGGAUCAAAUUCGAAGUGAAGUUCCCGACAAGAUUGACUCCUGAGCAACGUGCGGGACUCCGACGUGCCUUGGGAGGUUGAUUGCGAUCCAUGCUUCAGAUUAACAAGAUGAUAUACCAACAAGGCUGCCCUCCAUACUGUUGACGGAAACAUGGAUUGUAUAGUGUUGUCCCAUUUGCAGAGAACCCUACCUGGCUUUAUCAUAGAGAUGGAUUAUACAGCAAUAUCCCCGUUCCACUAUAGGUUUUUUUUUCCCUUUUUUCUCCCUGUAUUCUCUGAUUUCAUCAUCAGUUUUCUCAUGUAUGGGGUGGGUAAACGUUUCAUGUAUUUUUGAUUGAUGGUUGUAUUUGCUUAAUACCGUAUGUAUCAUAUGGUUCACUAAAAAGAACAUGGAUUCUUAGCAAGCGCAUAUGUAAGAAAAUAGUUGAUAUAGAGAGAUUUUGAUAAUUAGAAUUCA